ACCUCCAUUGUCGACCUCCAUCUCCAUUACCAAGGUCCAAUACCACAAAUCUCUCUCUCUCUCUCUCUCUCUCUCUCUCUCUCUCUCUCUCUCGAUAUGCAGCAAGCAAUCCCUUACAAGUCAUGGCAGCUGCCACUCCACACUAACACCGGCCGCACCCAACAAUCCUUUACCCUACUCAACGACACCAAUCAGUCCGGCCUAGUCUCGCCUAAAUCCAUUCUAAAGGAAACGGAGGAUAUGCUCAGCAUGGUAUCGGAGAGUGCUGUCAUAGUCUUUGCCAGGCGUGGCUGCUGCAUGGGACAUGUCGUCAGGCGCUUGCUUUUGGGCCUCGGUGUGAACCCUGCCGUUUAUGAGGUUGAUGAGAAGGAUGAGGCUGCUGUUGUUAAGGAAUUGGAGUUGAUCCGCAACGGGAAAGAUGGGAAGGUGCAGUUUCCGUCUGUUUUUAUUGGUGGGAGUUUGUUCGGAGGAUUGGAUCGAGUUAUGGCUACUCAUAUUUCCGGAGACUUGAUUCCUAUAUUGAAAGAUGCCGGGGCCUUGUGGCUUUGAAUUAUUCAUUCCGUCUUGUAAAUCUAAUUAAGCAGUUUCAUUUUCAUUAUUUUUUACUCACAGAUUUUCAGUUUUUGGUUCGUUUCGUUUCCUCCUUCUGAAGAUCAUGUACUAACUGAAACGAAGUAUUUUUUUUUUUUUCCUUCUUUUCAGAAUGGGAACGUAAUGUUGUACUCUUUGUGAGCAAAAGAGAUGAAAAAUAAAAAAGAAUGGUAGAUUUAAAUCUUCUUCUUGUUUUCAA